CCUGUCAGACGUCCAUCGACACCCACCCUGACCGUGCGCCCAAGGGCAAGACCACAGUCAGGGACGAGAUCAUCACCGCCUUCUAUACAGCCCAAGCCUCAAGGGCAAGAACCGCCCUCCAGAACGGAGAGUGCGAAAGCAACCAGAGUUCUUCACUCUAGGGUGUCGAGGAUAUCAUUCAUCAACCAGGGUGGGAUCUGUGGCUCCUGUAGGGAACCAAGAAUAGGUCGAAUACUAUAG